AUGAGGAGGAAGAGAGGUUUCCGCUCGCUGCCAAGGCAGUUAGAGAGGACACUUGCAUGGAUAACUGGUACAAACGAGGUGGACAAAACGGUAGAUUUGAGAAAGCAGCUACAAGGUUUAAUGAAGUCUGGAGGAUUCAAGCUCCGGAAGUGGGCGUCCAAUCAUCUGCAGGCGCUGCAUGAAGUUUCAGAUGCAGAUUUAGCAAUACCGUCUGCGGAGAUUUGUCUUGAUCCAGAUCCAUCGGUAAAUACGCUCGGUCUAACUUGGAUGCCGGGUACUGAUACUCUACGAUUCCAAUUCAACGUUCCACCGUUAGAUGAAGCAGAAACUCUGACCAAGCGCAAGGUUCUGUCUAUUAUCGCGACCCUUUUCGAUCCGCUAGGACUCAUCGGUGCUGCGAUUACGGCGUAUGAGGUGUUUAUGCAGAUGUUGUGGACUCUGAAGAACGAAGAACAAGAACGCUUAGAUUGA